AUGAAGUUGUCAGCCUUGUCAGUUAUUGCUCUUGCCGCUAUCGCAGCAGCAUUUGAAGGCAUAGCCGCCCGUGGAUCACAUCACGGAUACAAAAAGCACUAUGUCGAUGUUGGGACUUUCAAUGGCGAAGUAAAAUUCGUCCCAAACCAAAUCGACGCUGCUGUUGGAGACACAGUUUAUUUCAACUUUCUCGCCCAAUCCCACUCCUUGACCCAGUCUGACUUCAAGACUCCAUGCACGUACAACGGGGGCUUCGAUACUGGCCUCAAUCAACCCAACCCAAAGAAUGAAUCAGGCCUUUUCGUUAUUCCCUUCCACGUCCAAACCACCAAACCGCAAUGGUUUUAUUGCAAGCAGCAGGGCCCGCCCAACCACUGUAGUAAAGGAAUGGUUUUCGGACUGAAUCCAGCUGGAAAGAUGGAUGAGUUCAUCAAAAUCGCCAUUGCACAGAAUAGUGGUUUGGAUUACGGUGCUGAUAAGAAGCCCACCACCUGGACUACUACCGGUGGCAAAUAUCAUCACACAUAUCCUCCCACACCAACUGUGACGGUCGGUCUUGAUAAAGGAGAAACCCUACGCUAUUAUCCCGAGUAUCUACCACAUGUGUAUAAGGGCUCCAAGAUCCACUUUGAUUUCCGUGCUCUGAACCAUACGCUGACCGAAUCGAGCUUCGAGUCCCCCUGUACCCCAUUGGAAGAGCAUGGAGCUGUCGACACCGGUUUUAACCACGCCAACGCCGACGAUAUUCCAGAGUUCAAGCCCUUUGAUUUGAUUGCUCACUCCGAACACCCUCGUUAUUUCUACUGCAAGCAAGGUGCAGGUAGCGUGAGAAGUCAUUGCGGCAACGGCAUGGUAUUCGCUAUCAAUGUUGAUGAAGCGAAGUUUAAGGAGUUUCAGGAGAGGGCAAUGGCUACGCUUCCCAAGAUUAGAGGCCGAAGCCCUAUGUAA